AUGUCUUUGAUUUGUUGGCUUUUGCUGCUGCCGGCUGGCGGCCUGGGUGCCUUCAGAGCCUCGGAGGUGAUCCGGCAGCUGAAUGGAGAUCUCCGACUGGAGCUGAACAUCUAUCUGGAUUGUGGGGGGCACCUCGACGAGCUGCUGCCCCGCCAGGGGCUGCCCAACCUCCUGCUCAACACGGACUCGGCCGAGCCGCUGCCCAGGAUACUGGGGCGCUUCAGUGAGCGAUCCCUGACGAUCGCCUGUGGGGGCGGCAAUCGAACGCUGUCGGGGAUGGGGCAGCUGCUGUGGGGACUGCAGCACCUGCCGGUGCUCUUUGUGCUGUCCUCGCCGCAGGAGUUUCCCUUCGAGUGGGCCCUGGGCCGGGGGCUCCUGCGCGCCCUGGCUCUGAACCGAAGCGACGCGGGACUGUACACGUACCAGCCGUAUCCCAGCGUGCGGGUACGCCGAGUGGCCAGCGUGGCGGAGUACCACCGCCUGACGCGCCUCCGCGACCUGCAGGGGCAGGCGGUGCACAUCAGCGUGGAGACGAUGUCGCCGCGCUGCUUCCACUACACGAACCGCUGGGGCCGGACCGUCUACGCGGGCUACAUGUACGAGCUGCUGCACGAGUUCAUCGCGGCCCACAACGGCACGGAGGUGGCCGUCCUGCCGGCCGUGGAUCCCCUGCCCCUGGCCGAGGGCCUGCAGCUGUACCAGCGGGGGGGCAUCGACAUGGCGCCCAGGAUCCUGCACACCCUGGGCUGGGUCUACUUCUAUCGCAGCCACGUGCUCUUCAACGUGAACGGCUUCAUCAUGGUGCCGUGGGCCCGGCCCCUGGCCAAGAGCCUGUACAUUGUGCGGCCGUUCGAGGGCUCCGUGUGGGCGGCGCUGAUCGGCUGCCUGGUCCUGGCCACCGUCGUCAUCCGCUGGAUGCGCGACGAGACCAGCAGCCUCAGCGCCACCUUCCUGCAGGUGAUGCAGCUGAUGCUGCAGCAGUCGAUGAGCAGCAUGCGCCACUUCACGCAGGGACUGCGGCAUGUCCUCGUGUUCCUGGCCCUCUUCACCGUCGGCUUCAUACUGAACACCAUGUACCAGGCGCAGCUCUCGAGCUCCCUGACGACGGGCCUGUACAUGCGGCAGAUCAACAGCUUCGACGAUCUGGCCGCCGCCGAUCGCAAAAUGCUGAUGGACGAGUUCGACAUCGAGUUCCUGACGAACCUCACCAGAUCGAAGGUCAUCCAGCCGGCCCUCAUCAACAUCGCCCUCAAGGCGCCGCUCGACGACGUCUUCUACCAUCGCAAGCAUCUGAACACCACCUACGUCUACCAGGCCAUGGAGGAUCGUCUGCACUUCGAGCUCUUUCAGCAGAAGUAUCUGCGUGUGCCGCUGUUCAAGACCCUGCCGGAGGUCUUCUACCAGGUGCCCUUCUUUGUGGGCCUGCGGCACGGCCUCCCCUUUGCGGCCCUCUUCAACGACUACCUCCGGGGCAUCUUUGAGUCGGGCAUAUUGCUGAAAUGGCGGGGGGACGCCUACCUGGAGGGCAUAUACAGUGGCGAGAUACGCUUCCACACAUCCCCGGGGCUGCGCAUCCAGGUCUUCGACAUGGAGUUCUACUAUUGCACAUAUAUCUUGCUCGCUAUCGGAUGGCUCACCAGCGCCAUUGUGUUUUUGGUCGAGAAAUGCCUGCCUCAUGCUAGAAAAGCUUAG